CACUUGUUAUUAUCACAACUUGAGAGAGAAAGAAACGAAAAUGGCCCAGUUUGGAGAUGAUUGCUAUUUCUAUUAUUAUUCGUCCUGUGCUAAGGGUGAUAAUUGCCCCUAUAGACAUUGCCCUGAAGCCCUUGGAAACGAGGUAAUAUGUACUAAUUGGCGAAAAGGAAGCUGUUAUCGAAAUGGAUGUAUGUUUCGACAUAUGGACAUCAAAAUUGACCGUAGCUGUAUUCCUUGUUAUUGGGAAAGUCAGCCAAGUGGAUGUACCAAGCAGCAUUGUGUGUUCAAACAUUACCUGGAAAAGGAUGAAUUCGGAACAGCAAAGCCAACAAAAGCACCAUCAGACAAAAAAGACAUUGUCAAAAACAUUCUUAAAACAAAUUCACCAGAACCAGCAGAGAAAAUAGUUCCUCAAAAGGUUGAACCUGUUGUUGUAAACCCACUUGAAGAAUCUGAUCAAGAAAGUAGUCCAUUAAUUAAGAAAGUCAGCCCUGAAGAAAAACCAUUGGAAGAGAAGAAGCGUGUGAAUGCUCUGAAAAGACUCGGUCCAAAAUUUGAAGAAUUGAAAGACCCUAAAAUUCUUUGUAUUGAUCCAAAAUUAAUUGAUCAGUUAAAGAAAGGCAAGAAUAUCAAUAAUAAUAAUAACACCUCACUUAAUAUAAAAGAAGAGAAGCCAACUCGUCGAGUUGUUCAAAGCAGCAAAACAAUAGUUCCAACUAGCGUUACCAAAGUUGCGAAUCGAAAUACAAAAUUAUUUCAGAGUCUGGUUUCAACAGAUUCAUUAAAUAAUGCAGAAGACAAUAGCGAUUGUGAAUCAACUGAAUCUGAAGACUCUGAAUUAAAUUUCAAAGUGAAAACCUUGGCUGAAAUACGAGCGGCCAAAAAUAUGGAAAAAAAUUCAAAAAAUAAAGAAGCUGUGUGUAAUUUGAGAGAAUCUAGAAGUAGCCAAGCAGAAAAACCCAAACUUAAACAAACCCGACAGAUCUAUGUCCCUCCAGCUGUUCGUCAACAAUCUGAUUUGAAAGAUAAUCGGAAUGGUGCAGAACAUAAAGAACCUUUGGAAAAAGUAAAAAUUCAGAAGAUUGCUUCCAAGAAUGUUAAGGUUGAAGUCCUAAAUGUACAAAAUUCAGUGAAACCAGAAUUGGAUUUUGUAGGAGAAAUUCGAGUAAAAUCUUUUGCAGAAAUAAUGGAAGAAAAACGUCUGCGAGCAAAGCGCAAUGAAGAGACAGGAGGGAAAGUUGACAAAAAUCAGCUUUCUGACUCAAAGUCAACAUACACUGCCCCAAAAGUUCCUACUUUGGCACAGUGGACCAGAAAACGGUCAGCAAUGCCUGUUAAACAAUCUUUAGAAUCAGAUAAAACUAAUGAACUAUCUCCUGAGAAAAAACAUAUUUCUUCAAACUCUUUACCUUGUACGUCUGAUUCUAGACUAAAGAACAUAAUUUCAGUAGCACAAGAUAAAUUGAAACAAACUGUCACAGAUCGAUUACCUUCAGACAAAACAACAGAUGAUAGUUCAAAUAUUCCAUCAACUGAUUCCAUAGGAAAUUUACCAAAAACUGGAAAUGAUAUAAAACUUGAAAAUUCCUUACAUAUAGAAACAGAAGAAAUGAAAUCGCCUCAAACAGUUGUGACUAAUUCCUUGGAUUUACACUCACCAACGCAUUUAAAUGAUGACAGUUUCUUGAAAGAUGAUGAUGACUUGAAAGAUGUUACUGAAAAUUUAACUGAAGCUAAUUCUACAGAAGAUGAUGACGAUGUGUUACGUCAACUGGAAGAAAUGUUAGCCAGUCAAUGACGCUUUCUGUCUACCUCAACAUCAUCAUUAUUAAUGCCACACAUCACACACACACACUCCAUUUUUAGCUUUCAUUAUAUUUCCAUUCUCAUCGUUUUAGCAUUUAAUUCUUUUCUUGACACUUGUGUAUGAAAGGUAAAAUUAAAAAUAAAUUAACUUUUGUUUCCUUUUUCAGUUUUGCCUUUCAUCUUCAAACAAUGAAAAAAAAAUUCAAGGGUUAAAAAAAUGAAAUUUGAUUUUAGAGAAUUUGGAAAAUUUUUUUAAUCAUGUUCUCUUCUAAGAAUAUCCUAGAAGAGUUAAAUUACAGGUUUGAAAAUUAAUCAAAAAGCAAGAAAACAAAUUCCAGCAGAACCAAUAAUACUGGGGUCAUUUUAGAAGCAUUUUUGUAAUGUUUCAGAUGUUGAAAGCAUGAUAAACAUUUUGUUAUAGAAUUUUCCUUUGGAUUUAAAAUGUAUAUUAACUGAAAGAAGUUUAGAAAUUCACUAUAAAUUGUUAUAUUCUAUAACAAUAUUUUGCAGAAAUUGUGAACGUUAUACAAAAAAACGAAAAAAAGCAUUUUGCUAAACUAAUCUGAAAUCUUUUUCAGUGUAAAUAGACUAAGCAAAAAAAUCUGUUAAUGAAUAAAUCUAUUCACUAA